UUUCUGUGCUCCAAGACCAGAAAGCAUUAGUGACAAACACCACCUACUACUUAACACGUAGUAGUUUCAAUUUAAAAUUCAAAGUUUACAAACAAUUUUUCUGAAAUGGUUUUGUUGUUGGUUUCCUUUACUAAAUUUAUUUCCUGAAUUUAAUAAGCGUCGUUUCUAUUUUUAAAGACUAUAAGUUGGCCAAUUAUGAUUAUUUUUUUUCAAGUUUUGCUAUAAAUUCUUAUAAUAUAGACAUAAUCUAUAACGAUAUCCCCACAGAUAAAAAGUCUUUCAAUCUUAAAAAUGAGUGAACAGUGUGACAUCGGUGAUUCUUUGUCCUUGUUACGAUCGAAAAAACUGCAUGAUCUUCAAAAUGUCAGAGAGAAAAACAGAAAUGCUGUUUUAGCUCAAAAUCGUAUGUUAUCUACUGAAGUCAAGAGUGAUGUUUCCUUUUCCCAGGUGAAAGACUUACUCUUGGACCUAAAGGACAAAAGCAAAAAACUAGAUAAACAAACUCUGACAAGAAUAAAAAAUUCUUGUUGCCAUGCAGAAUUCAUUGAGUCAUUUUUUAAGAUUAAUGGAGUAUUCAAUGCCUUGUUAUCUUGUCUUAAACACAAUGAUGCUCAAAUCCAGUUAGAAGCUGUUGCUUGCUUAACUAAUCUGGCAUGUGGGCCACACAAACUUUGUUUUAGAAUCGCUAAAUCUGCAGGCCCUUACUUAGUAUUAUUUAUGACAGGCAGCAGUCACUAUUUACAAGCUCAGUGUGCAUGGGCAAUCAGAAACAUUGCAAAUGAUUGUGAGACUUGUUAUUUCAGACUAAAAUCUCAAGGGGUCUUUCCAACUCUUUUAAAAAUUCUUGUGUCACCUAUACCUGAUGUAAUUGAACCUGCCAUUUAUGCUCUAAGUGCCUGUCUCAAACAUGGAGAUCUUGAUUUAAUUGAUGAAAAUGGAGAGAAAUAUUCUAAUGGAUUGUUGAAACUGAUUGAAGAACACAGGUUUCCAAUUCCUACUCUUCAAGAAGCAGCUUUUGCAUUAGCUAAUUCUUUUUAUAUAGCUGUUAAAGCUAAUAGUGAUUUUGAAAAUUUUGACAUACAGAAAGUUUUAGAAUGCUUAAAGACAUUUGUUUAUCAGGAUUCAGAUGAGUGUUUAGUUACUCUGCAGUUGAUCAGAUGCUUAGGUUAUUUGACCUCUUCAGAAUUUGUCACUGAAAAAUUAAUCAACUGUGUCCAGUUUCAUGAAAUCACCAUUAAGUUAUUAAAUCAUCCUUUCCAUUUCUUGAAGAAAGAGUUACUGUGGGUUUUGACCAAUAUAUCUGUUUCACAAGUUAUUGAUAACAACCAUGCAUUGUUUUUGCCUAUACUUAAAGUUUUAGAAACGUUUCUGAAUACUUUAGAUUCUGCAUCCCUACCUGCAUUAUAUUAUGUGUGUUGCACAGCAAAGGGAAAUGAAAACAUAUGUUCUCUGUAUCAGCAAUAUGGUGUUGUAUCUAAUAUUCAAAACCUUAUGGCUAGUGACAAUACAAUUUUAAAAAAUUCUUCAGCGACGUGCCUUGCUAUUAUUCAAAAGCCUGAUUCGUCUCCAUACGAGUGAUUGUUUUUGCUGUAAAAAGUUGUGACUCUUAUGAUUGUGUUGCAUUAAAACAAAAAAGUCUAAAAUUCAUUAUUUUUAAUCAUAAGUGGAAUUUUAACAAGUGUGAACAAUAUAAAACUGUGAUUGUUUAUUUUGUAAAAUAUUAUAACUUUUAUGUGUAAGUUGCAUUAAAUAAAAUCUGAAAUUCCUCUUUUCAGAUCAAAAUAAUUUUUUUAGCUAAUGCCAACAGUAUAAAACUGUAGUUACUUGGGUUGUGAAAUAUUGAGUGACUUAUAAGUGUGAGUUGUAUAAAAGUAAAUAAAAAGGACUCAUUUUUAUUUUUUA